CAAGCUGAGGGCGAAGCUGUGUAUCGCGGCCAUCUGGUGCGUGUCCGGAGCGCUGGCGGCGCCGAUGGCGGCCGCGCUGCGCGUCGUCGUCGUCACGGAGACGCUAGGUGAGCGCGUGGUGACGAAGCCGUUCUGCAUCAACGUGCACCUGUCCAACGAGGCGAUGAUGUCGUACCGCAUGGUGCUGUUCCUGGUGCAGUACCUGACGCCGCUGUGCAUCAUCUCGUACGUGUACGCGCGCAUGGCGCUGCGCCUCUGGGGCUCCAAGGCGCCGGGCAACGCACAGGACACCCGAGACGCCACGCUCAUGAAGAACAAGAAGCGGGUGAUCAAGAUGCUGGUAAUCGUGGUGACGCUGUUCGCAGUCUGCUGGCUGCCACUGCAGACUUACAACGUUCUCCAAGACGUCUUCCCCUACAUCAACGAGUGA